AUGGAGCCCUCUGCGUCCUCGCCCAGCAAUAUCUUCUCAGGGCCUGAGCCAAGUCGUUACUUAGCACUAAUAUCCUUCGCCCGAUUGGCAGCUAUCCUCUACUACGACUACCUCUUGACUUUCUCUAUGGAAGUCGACUAUUUCUGGAAACAACAGCGCUGGUUCUCUUGGACUUCUCUUCUCUUUAUAUUGAAUCGGUACAUGGCUGUGUUUGGCGUGAUCCCAAUUGCCAUGGAGUUCUUCGCAGACAUAUCAUCUGAUGUAGCUUUGCUGGUGAUUCGUACAUAUGCUCUUUACAACCGGAGCAAACGCAUGCUGGCCGUCUUGCUCGUCGUAUAUGCUAUCGGCGCGGUGGCAGAUCUCGUUGCCCCUUGGGGCGCAAUGCUCUUAUUCGACACAACGAUUUUCGUGCUGACGCUGUACAAGAACGAUUUACUUUGCCGUACUCAUGGUGGUGAAUAUCGUCAAUAUAUUAACAUUUCUGGGUUGAUGGUUGACUUCUCGUACGCUAGCUUGGUAACGUUAUCAAGCGAUCUGGUUUCACGACUGAUGCUCAAUUUACGCGAUCCUAAACUCAUGCGGCUGCCUCAACACACACAACCGCAACCAGCCUCAGGCACCAUGCGAUCUCGGUGGAACAAGCCCCAGGACGUUGAGCUCUCUGUGGUGGAGAACAGUAGUCACGCCACAUCGAGCGAUUUUGAUGAGCUAUCUACCGACAUCUUACCGCCUACAGAUACGACGAUGCUACCAUGA